AUUGUUCCGUCUAAAAUCAUCUUAAAAGUGAAGUAGGCUUAAAAAGUUAUCCUAGUCUCGUCAGUGUAUCAUAAUGUUCGUCAGAGUAAAUUUAUAUACUGGAAUUUAUUGUGUUAUAUGUUAAAGUUCAAAAUUUUAUUCAGGUUAAAUUGUUUAUUGGUUGAUUCUCAAUUUCCUUUCAAUUGUUUCCUAGCCCUAAUUCAUGAAUAUUAACUCACCUCCCCUUCGGGGGAUAGUUGAAUAAUGUUUUUAUUUUUGACAGAGCAUACACUUACCAUAGCCUCUGAUAUAAGUGUUUCUUUUGUAAGUAAGUUCUCCAUUCUCAGACCCUGGCUAUGUUCUUGCUUCAUCUUUGUUUUUUGUGUAAAUUUGUUAAUUUCUCCUUUUAGCCUGGAGUACCAGCAUUCACUGCCCCCCAACCAGAUAAUGCUAUGGCAGUCAUAGCUGACAGAGCUAGAGAAAUUCAGGUAUUUUCAUUCACAAACAUCUUUACAUGUCUAAACACUUCUGAUAGCAUUUCUUGUUUAUACUUUUGUUCAAAGCCUCAGUUAUCAUUGUGAUUUCUUAUUUUUUUUUGAAGGUCCCACUCCAUGUGGUUCCAUCAUUAGAACAUUAUCCUGGAGAUAUGCCUGGUAACGUUUUCAAGCUGUCAUUUUGUGUAUAUUAUUAGGGUAGUAUAUAUAGCAUUACUAUUAUUAUUAUCACACAGGCCAUAAAAAAUUAAUUAUAAUAAGUGAUCGCAAUGGCAGUUGCUGGGCUGGUCAUGCAUUUAGAUAUCCCUUUAAGUCCCAAUAUCCACAUACAAAUUCUCCAAACUGAUCUCCAUACAUUUUCUUUAUGAAUGAGUUGAGAGGAUUUGAUAAAAGAUCAAAGUAUUUUCCCUUAGGUGAUCAUUUUAUUAAUUCUCAUAACCUAAUCUCUUGACAUUGUAUGGAUAUCGUUAGGAGAAAAUUGACAUUAGUCACUAUUGGGACUUAAAGGGUUAUGGAGUUACAGUCAGUCCCCAUUAAUACAGACACUGACGGGGCCAAAGAAAGUGUCUGUAUAAAGCGGGUUGAAUUUAUAGAAAAUGUAAGGCACCCUCAUUAGAGCCUAUUCCAAAGUCACUUCUUUUUUAAUAUGUCAUUGUACCUUUAUCUAGAACUUGGCCUGGAAGGAGAGCAUCAAUACUUGAAUGCUUCACUGGCACUUCAACUUUGCACAACAUGGUUAAACAGGUCACUUGAGAAAGGCAAAACUAUUGAAGGUCUAAUUUUCUUUUACUUCUUCAGGGUUGUAUCAUUUUUUAACAUUAUGUUAAUUAACAAUAAUAUUAUUGGACAAGGCUGAGUGAAAUAUUGUGAUUUGUCAGUGGCGAGCAGAUCAAUUUUCUGCCAAAGCUGAAGAGAGGCUGUGAGACACUGACAAAUCAUGAUAUUUUGCAAUAACUGAGUUCAAUUGUUUUAUCAUGUGAUCACUUAGUUUGAACAUUUCCGGGAAGCAAAGGGAACUGCCAUUUUUAUGCAAGAGUAAUCACAAGAAGGAGAAAAGCAUGGUUUCAUCAAAUGCAAGAGCAGAAUAUUAUUUACAGCCAAACACGGCUAGUUGGACAACAUUGUACUUGAGCAGACUGUUAUUUGUAGGCAGUUAUUUGCAGGUCACGUGGUGGGCUCUUGGCCAAUAGAAAGAAAGAAAAAUUUGCAUCGUCAUAAUGAUAAUAUGUAAUAUUUAUUUCUACUGUUUUAAAUUGAAGAUGUUGGCAAGCAAACAACCACAACCAACUCAUCAAGUAGAGAAGAGACUGCAGAUGAGCCUUCAUCAAAAAAACAAAAACUUGAUGUUCCUGUGGCUAAAACAUUUAAUGUUUCUGAUGCUUUGAGGAAUGGUAAGGAUCAAAACGUUUCACUAUCCAAGUAAUUUCAAAUUUUAAAAUGAAUACGAAAACAUAAAUAUUGCAGUGGUUUAUCAGAGACAUUUUAGGGCCUGCGUAGGAGGCCAAGUUCAACUGCCAAGUCUUGUACAAAUAUGUACUAGCUACAGUGUAGCUAGGUAGUGUUUUCAAAAGGGGCUGUUUAGUUUUGUGCUAGGGCUGUAAAUGACUCCUUAUCUCAUUAGAAGGUUUACUGCAUAGAUAUUUCACUGCCAUUGACAUGUUGUCUUCAAUGAUAUUAAGGUCUUUCAGGGCAGCUGUUCUCUAGCAUCACCCAGUGGCUCCUGGCACCUCACUUUGGCUCUUCGGUGACUAGGAGAUCUUUGUUUUUUCAUACAAAUCAUAAUGCUGGGCACCCUGUAUGUCACAGGUUUAGAGCUUUAAUAUUGGGCUGAUCGCUUCAAUUUUUCUUGGAGCACAGCCUUGUCUUUAUUAAUCUUUGCACCUUAGAAUUUCAAAUUUACAUAUAGCAGCUGCAGUAACCUUAACACUAAUGGUCCUAAUAAAAAAGCCACAAUUUUCGACAUUAAUGUGCAGCAAAGUUUUCUGUGUUGUUAUACUUUUUGUGCAUGAUUGUACUGUUUGGGGUAGUAAUGAUUAUUUUGUAGAUUUUUACUGAAAGCAGAAUACUUUUGGGUGACCCAGUUAUUUUCUUGUUCCCAUGUUUUGAUAAUCAAGGCUUAAAGAAUACAAGAUGGUGUGGACGAAAUCAAGUCAUUGUAAGACCAAGUGUUACCUUCUAUUUGGAUGGUGCUCAUACACCAAGGAGUGUAGAGGUUUGUUUAGGAAAAGAGAAAUGCUGCAUUUGCUCACAUAAUAGUGUUCUGAUUUACUUUAAUGAACAUAGUUAUAUUCUAAUAUGUUGUGGUUCAAAUUUUUCAUUGGUUAAAACAAAAGUAAUAAUAGGGAAUUUAAGAUGUCACAAAGACAGUAACAAGAAUGUCAAAAAGCAAUACUGGUCAGUUUAAUUAGAAAAACAAGAACUCUGCAUUUGCAACACACUGUUUUUGUACAUUCCUUUGGCUUCCAUUCCUUUAUAUAAUGUCUAAUUUCAUGUUUUUUGAAAAAGGAAACAAGCAACUACAAAUUUUCUCUGUCUGAAAUUGGAUGUGGUUCUUAUAGUAUUUAGGAAUUCAACUCCAAAGGAAGUUGCUUACAUUUGACAAAAUGUAAAAAAGUGUUAUGGAAUAAUCGUGAUUAAGAUUGAAAGACAGCAAAUUCACUUUUAAUAGGAGACACCAUUGCAGUUGUGUUAUCUUAUUAAUCUCGCUGUUGAACCAGACCUGGAUUUGGAAAGCCAUCUUAAGCUAAGAUUUAUGGAGUAUUUUCAUUUAGCGAUAAGCUGUUGUUAAAGAAGCAAUUGUUAUGAGAUGACUUUUUAGGACACCAUGCUUCCUUUGUAAAUCUGGAGCCAGUUUAGUUUCUACUUUGUUUUGUCUCAUGAUCAGUUGCAUUACCAUAAUCUAAGACAACAGAUCAAGAGUAAGCAUAAAAUAUACUUCUUUUUUUUAAUAAACCAUUGUUAAAAUUUAAAUAUCAAUGGUGUGCCAAGAUGAAAGUAGUUAACCCUUAAACAGUUUCAAUAGCAAAUGCAAGUUUGAUCCCUCCUCUCCCCCCCCUCCCCUGCCAAAAAAAGAAAAACUCCCUGAUCAGCUCCUGUUGGUGCUGUUGGUAAAGAUGGGAGUCAAAGUGUUACUUGCAAUGGCCAAAGUCUGUGCCUUAUAGAAUACAACUUAAACGUUAUGCUGAGCAGUCACUGUUCUAAAGGGAAGAAAUGUUGUACAUUUUUGUUCUUUGAAACUUAUUAAUAUUUUUGCCAGGCUUGUGUGAAAUGGUUUAAAAAGAGAGCAGAUGAAGAGAAGGAGAAAGAAAGGUGAUCUUUAAAUGUUUUAUUGUAAAAUAAUUUUAUACAUAAAUUUGGUUUUGUCAACUGGAGUUGGCAAGAUAGAUUGGGAACCUAUAGGGAGACAGAGAAGCUGAUGUUUUGUGAACUAUUCCUUUGUCCGCUUGAAUAGGCAUCUUUUUGGCUCAUUUGAUCAUUCUGCCCUGUCCUUGUUACAAAUAACUGACAUCAGCCACCGCCAUAAACACUACCACCUGUAUGAAAGGAAGGUGUUGGCAGCCCCACCCAUCUUAGACCUCCAUCGGUGUUCGACACUAACGCUUGCCCACUUGCCCGAGGCAAGUAGAAUUAUGCGUUGGGCAAGUGUGUAAGCUGCACAGGUUGCCCGUUUGGGCAAGUGGUUAAGGAUAACACUCGAGCCGCUGGGGCAAGAAUAAAAUCCAACAGCUGCAGCAAAAUCACCUGAUCCCUUUUUUGAAAUUUUAGUCAGGUGAACAUAGAAGGAGAAUGAAAAACAAGUACAGUGACGGGUCCUGGCCUUACGCCGAUACAUUGAGUAUUUCGUUUUCCGCCAUGUUUUUCUUCACGAGCAAGUAUUCAUGGGUAAGUUUUUACCCAGUCCUCUCACGUACUUGCCACGAACUACCAAACAAACAAAGGUGGCGGCCUGAUGAGCAACCAUGAGUUUAUUUCGUUUUACACAACAGUUAAAUUCUACAGAGCUUAAGGAACCAGGAGACAAGAGAAAAGCUGAAUCUCAACCAGAAGUCUUCACUGGGAAAAGCAAACGAGAUUGAAAAUACCAAACGUCAUGGGAGCGCGAAAUGAAAUAUAGUUGAAAUUUUUUACGGUUAGCAAGCAAUGGUACCGUAUGACCUCUCGCUUGGGAUUUAUGCUGGGCAUCAAAGUUGGAAGGCACAAGUAUUGAAAAUUCAAUGAAACUGCGAGCAAAGCGAGCUGGUGAUUUAUUUUGGGCAACCAAAAAAUACACUCGGCAAGUAAAACUAGCGACAUAGUUGCCCACAGGGCAAGUUAGCAGGAAAAUUAGUGUCGAACACUGUCCAUACUCUCCCCUUGAAGGGCUUUUUGAUUUGCACCCCCCACCCCUUUAAAAAUUGCAUUUUUAGCCUUAUACUUUCUUUUGCAAAUUUUGACCUUUUAAUACCACCCACCUCACCACCUCCCCCUUCAGAACUUCCAGUGACACUCCACAGCCUGGGUAAGGAUAUUUUCUGGAGCCACACAAUACUAAGGUGACUCACAAUACUUUGAAUGACAGUAUUUUUCAGUGUUUCGAAAUUAAGGAUCAAUUCCAUAUUCCCGGUUUUAUUUUACAUAAAGCCACAACGAUGGUAAAAGUAUCAUGUUUCAUAGUCACUGGACAUCUUUUUGGUAUACUUUUUCUGUACUAUCAACUGAAAAGCAUCAAACUAUUGAUCAACGAAAAUGGAAGGGCUCACAAAUCAUUAUGAAUGACCAUAAAGAAAACAUUUUGAUAUCUGUUUCAUAAUUUUUCUUAUUUUCAGUGGGAGUGUCAUACGUGUCUUGCUUUUUAACCUGACUGGUGGUCGGGAUCCUAACAGCCUUCUUAAACCAAUUAUGGUGUGUAAAGAAAAGUAACUAUAUAGAUAAAAAUUAUUGACAAAAACAAAGAUAAUGAAUAUGUUGUAUGUUGUGUUUUCUGCAAACUUCUAUCAGGGUCUUUGUAUUGUUUUGUUUUAUACUUUUGACACACAGGAAAUAGUACUUCUAAUAGAUUAGUGGAUUCUUCUCAGCUGUGCUUAUUUUAAUUUAGCCUUUGUCAGUGCCUCAGUGGUUCUUGUUCAGGUCACUUUCCUUUUAUUGCAGGAAUGCAACUUCGAUCAUGCAAUGUUCUCACCUAAUACAGCAAAUGUGGAUCCUACAGGUAACGAUGCAGGUAUGCCGCGUGUUUUGAAAGUAAACUGUUCUCUUCAAAUACCAUAAAAUUCCGAAAAUAAGCCUCUCCAUGUAUAAGCCCUUCCAAAUAUAAGCCCCCCCAAAAUUGUAAUGCAAAAAACCCUCUGCUAAAUCGCCCAUCCUAAUACAAACCCCCCAGGGGGCUUUUAAUUGGAAUUUGCUCUCGAAUACAAAGUAAAACAAAGCCAAAAAUGAUAAAUCUCCUUCCCACUACAAGCUAUUUCAAUCGAUUUGGAAGCGCAAAUUUCCCUUCGUACAUAAGCCCCUCCAAAAAUGAGCCCCUCAAAAAGGGCUUAUUUUCGGAAAUUAUUUUACGGUAUAUCUUUUAUUGUCAAGUGUUGUGAACGCUUACCACUGGUAUGGAAAACCCGGUACUUCCGGUGAAAAUUCAAAUUGUUGGUCCGUGAUAGGAAAGUCUGUUGUCAAGCUAGAAAUGGCCUACCACUUUUUUUACCACUAUUUUGUUUCUUCCCAGAUUUGACAAAUUUUACAGUAACUCAAGACAGCCAGCUGCGUUGGUGUGUUGAAAAUCAACGGGUGUGGAUGGCUUUGAGAGGUGCAGGUUUCCAACCUCAUGCUGACCCAUUACAGUACUCUUUUGACUCUGAUCAUGUGAUAAAGAAUGGCCAUGAUGAUGGGCUGUAUUCCACAAUUUUUCCCUGUGUAUCUCAAGCCAUCAGAUGGCUGUUGUCUGGAAGGGAUCCUCACAUUCCGCCAUUGUCUCCUGGUGGUUUUGCAUUACCUGAUUUCAUAUCAAAAGCCACAAGACUUCAAGUCCUGAUAACUGGUAGUAUACAUCUUGUAGGAACAGCCAUGAAAGUACUGGGACCUGAAAUUGUUGGAGAAGUGUAG